AUGGACCAAAUCAAGGAGGCUGCACCCCGGUUACAGUACAUCUUCGAUACCAUUGGCGACAAGUUUUCCUCUUCCACGGCGUCGUAUGCGCUCGGCGAGGCAGACGGUACACUUUGCACGGUAAGACCGGGCAAGGCUAACACGGAGGGUGUGUCAAGUCAGGCAAAGGUUACCGACAUUUUGGUCUGGACGGUGUUCUUGAAGGACUACCAGUACAAGGAUUCGAAGUGGCCUGCGAACGAAGGCGAUCAUAAGUUGACAAGCGAACUGUUUGAGAAUUUGCCCCAGUUGCUUGAAGAUGGUACGAUCAGGCCAAAUCAGCCCAAGGUCUUAAAGGUUUUGGAGAAGGUGCCGGAAGGGUUCCAGGAGUACAGGGAUUGCAAGAUCUCUAGUUACAAGAUCGUAUACGCGAUCUAG